AGACAAAAAGAAAGGGAAUUGUUUGAAAAGGGUUAUACCGUAACAUGAUCGUGACAGGCUGGUGACGCGAACCUCUGUUCUACUACUUAAGUACAUACAAAUAACGCGAAAAAAUAACGUUAACUUUAAUAUUCUGGAGAUUUCAAAAUACAGCUAUAUAAAGAGAUCAUUUUGCUAGAAUUUUACUUAUUGAAAUUUUUUUAAAUUGCACAUUUGAUCAAUGUAAUCACAUGCAACACAUUGCUAAUUAUUUUAUAAACUUGUUUGAAAACAAUCACAACGGAGAACAUAGAAAGAUUUGAAAACCACGCGUAUCACGGAUACACUCUAGUUCUUAUCAUAGAACUCGGGCUUGUCUGAUCGUACGCUGAGCAAAGAAGGAAGUGGCAGUAUCUUUUAGUAUUCCGUUUCGUUCUGUUCUCAUUUCGCGAGCGGUUCAUGCUGUUUUAACAUAGUCCGCGCACGGUGAAAGUGACACCAAACGCAACAUUUUACAGGAUAUUGAAGAAAUUUUUGGUUAAUAUAUUUAUGAGUAAAAUAUCUGAUAUAAUUUCUCUAUCAUUUCAAAGAGCGAGGAAACAAUGAGACGAUAUUCAUAUUCUCGUCGACAACAAAUUGUUCCAGAAGAAUAUCGAUCGUGCGAAGUGAGCAUAUCGUCCGCUCGUGCGUCGGUAAUGGUAUAUGACGACGUUAAUAAAAAAUGGGUACCAAGUGGCAGUUCCUCAGGACUCUCCAAAGUUCAGUUAUACCAUCAUCAAGUGAACAAUACAUUUCGCGUAGUGGGAAGAAAGUUACAGGAUCACGAAAUCGUUAUCAAUUGCGCGAUCCUCAAAGGAUUAAAAUACAAUCAAGCGACAGUCACAUUUCAUCAAUGGCGAGAUAAUAAACAAGUAUACGGUCUGAAUUUUUCCAGUAAGGAUGACGCCGACGCAUUUGCUAGGGCGAUGUUACAAGCACUCGAUGUAUUGAGCAAUGGAAGCAAUAUAUCGAGAAGUCUUGCACCUGCCUCAGCUACUCAACAGCAAUCCGUCUUUCAGCAACAGCAACCUACUAAUGCUCAAUACGAUGAAGAUAUGGGAUACAGAACCAUGACCAGAGAAGAUGUAGCAAUUAUUCAGGAACGCAGAAUGUCUCAACAAAGCCAAGCAACAAAUAGUCCGAACGCAAUUUCUCCAAGUUGUCCUCUCGCAUCGCAGCAACAGCAACAGCCGGCUCCACAACAACAACAACAACAACAACAACCACCACCUCAACAAUCUAUGCAACAACAACAAUCGCAGCCGCCAGCGCCACCACAACCUCCGCAACAGCAACAACAACAACAACAUCAAGUGCAGCAGCAACAACAACAAUCGCAGCCAUUGCAGCAACAAUCUCAAUCCGGUCAUCAUAGAACUUCGUCAGCACCUCCAGCUCCGCAACCUCAGCAACAAACUGUUAUACAAUCGAUGCAAGUUACCGGUGGCAUUGGAACUAGUGCAGCACAAAUGACGAGCGGAGGUGCGCCUCCAGUACCUCCACCACAGCCACCUAUGGCGGCAGCAGCUCCACCGUGUCCACCGGCAAUGAUAAACUUUAACGUCCCGGUACCACCACCUCCAAUGAUGAUGAGCCAAUAUGCGCAAUCCCCAUCUUCUCAAUCAAAUUUGCCGAAUCAGUCCCAAGCACAGUCAAUUUAUGGUAGUAGUCAAGGAAAUCAGUAUGGAGCCGCACCGAACAAUAGUCAAUACGCGACUGUCGCUGUCGUCGGGCAAAGUCCAUGUCAGUAUUCUUCUGGAAAUCAGAAUAACUUCUACAAUAACAACGGACAAGUUGCUAACGCGUAUUCUAGUGGACAACCUGGACAAACAAAUCAGUAUGGCGGCGGUGGUGGUAGUAGUGGUGCUGGUGGUCCUGGUGGUCCUGGUGGGAAUCAAUAUGGAAGUAGUAAUUCGAUUGGUCAGUAUGCCAGUAGCGGAGCUGCGACAACAGGUCAGGGUUAUGGGGUAGGUGUCGCAGUCAACGUUGGUGUCGGCCAGCCGAAUCAGUCUCAGUACAAUAUUGUAUCUCAAGCACAGGCACAAUAUGGUACUAGCCAAAUACAAGCAGUUUCGAGCGCUACGAAUCCUUAUGGAACACCAUCAAAUUCAGUGAAUCAAUAUAGUAGCACUAGCGGUGUAGGUGGUAGCGGUGGUACUUGUGGAAAUACUGUUGGCAGUGGUAGUGGUGGCCCUGGCAGUGGACAUCACGUACCACCUGUUAAUCCUAAUGUUUACGCUCCUCUCGGUAAUGCUGGUCCUCAACCACCUCCUAUGCUACCAGUGGCUGGGCCUGCCGCUCCACCUCCACCUCCUCCACCACCUGCUCCGAAAAUCAACGCUGUUAAUCUAAAUCCUCUUUCUGGAUCUGGUUCCACUGGAUCAGUAAGUUCUGUCACAAAUAGCGAGCCAUCACCGGAUUCAAAUUCGUUGGCUGCAGCAAUUCAAGCGACUCGUCUUAAAAAGAAGCAACAGACAUCACAGCAACCAGUAGAAAACAGUGGUUCUAGUACUAGUAGCAGUGGAAGUGCUGGAAGCGGAAAUUAUGGUACUUUAGGAAGAGGUGGAGGUGGCGGUAUGGCUUCCAUGAUGGAUGAAAUGGCUAAAACUUUAGCCCGUAGACGAGCUGCCGUUGAGAAAAAACAACCCGAACAACCACAAGAACCUGAGAGUUCACCCGAUAAGAAAUCAUGGGAUAAGAAUAGUUCAUCUAACAAUAAAUUCUCAAAUGGUGCCGAAUCACCAAAAUCGGUUCGCAAGAGGUUUGGUUCAGCUUCGGAGGAUACACUUUUAAAAGUAAACGGUGUUAAUGAUGGGGCUGUGCUCACUGCUCAAGAAAUGGAAGCAUUUAAAGCAGAGAUUAUCAAGGAAGUGCGUAAAGAAUUUCAAAAGAUGAAACAAGAGAUUGUAGAUGCUGUCAGAACGGAACUAAGUAGAAGAUAAGGAUGAGAUGCGGACCAGUUUGAACUAAAACGAAGGAAAAAAUGAAGAAUUCUCUACCAUUGUGUAGGUCAACCGAAACGAUCAUCGACAACCGUACACGAAUUUUUUUUUACUACGUAUUCGCGAAAAUGGAAUGCAGUUAUACCCCAUGUAUAUCAGACAUGUUUGUGUGUAAGUACGUUAUAUCUAAUCUAGUGUUUUAAGUGAACCGUACCCUUUCGUUGCUUACUUGAGCGAAUGGUAAGCAAUGUGAUUUUUGGAUAAAAUUGAUUCUGAUUCUACCAAUUCGAUGCACACUACAUUUUAGCAUUCAUAUUAGUCUUCGGUGGUAUUGUACGUUUUUUAAAUUUUUUUUGUUUUUUAUUUUUUUUUUAUGAUUUUUUAAAUUAAUAACGAUUACCAUGUACACUGUUUCGAUAACUUGUUCAUAAUUGAAUCGAACAAUCUAAUGUGAUGUAACGUAAUGCUGAUCUCACGCACAAUGGAAAACGCUUGCGUUUCUAUGUAAAUAUCACAAAACUUAAUUCAGCAAGAGAUACGUAAAAGGUUAUAAAAAAAAUAUCCCUACUUUAAGACGCAUUUAAAAUAUCGAAUUAAAAAUAUUUGCAUUGAAUUUUGUUGCGGUCAUAAUGCAAUUUUAUCCUUUUAAACAUUUUUUUUUUUUUAUAUACGUAAUAUACGUAUUAUAUUAUAUAUUAUAUAUACGUAUAUAUUAUAUUCGCAAUAUCGAUAUCACUUGAAUUUUUUUCGUACAUACCACCACUUCCAUGUACAGAUUUCAUUAAUACGCACAGUUCAAUACAUUCCAAAUCAAAGUUUUUCGGUAUUGCAAAACAGGUAGAACAGAAUAAAGUGAUCAUCAACUAACUGCCACACGAUUUUCCAGUAAAGUUAGUUCUCGAUCUACUCGAGAAAUAUGUUUCACAAUUUCUUUUAAUACAAAAAUAUAUCCAUUAUCCGAUCGUUAAAAAAAUUACGAUCGAUUUUAUAUCUACGCAUCAUUGAUCGCUACAAAUUCAAAAUUCAACGUAUGACAGGGCGAUCAUGUUUGCUACCGAUAUAGUAUACUACUCUCCGUUCUUAUAUUUUUUUAUCGUCUCUCGUACGAUUCUCACAGAAAAUGAGAAAAUUAACAUUGCAGUUCAUAUAUAUUCUAUGUAUCUAUAAUAUAACCAUACGUACGCUGAUUCGCACCAGCUUAUUGGCAUUUAUUGCAUUCAAACUGAACAGGAUCGGAGAGUGUUAGCAAUCAAGAAAGAAAGAGGAGAAAGAGAGAGAGAGAGAGAGAGAGAGAGAGAGAGAGAGAGAGAGAGAAAGUGAGAAAGUGAGAGAGAAAGAGAGAGAGAGAGAGAGAGAAAGAGCGAUAGAAAGAAAGUGUACGAAAGAAAGAAAAGUAAGAGAAAGAAAUGAAGAGAAAAAGAAAAAAAGAUUAUCAUAUCCAUUCCUCGCAGUAUUCAUUUAUUUCGUAAAGUGCUAAAAUAUCAAUGACAUUCGAUGAUAUGAUAUGAUUCCUGAUAUGAUAUGAUGUCAUGAUGUAAAAUUAAAUGACGUGUAUGAUAAACAUCGAUGAUUCAUUAUAUUAAUAUUAUAUAUUUUAUUUUUCUUUUUUUCUUUUUCUUUGCUUCAUAAGACGGACUUAUGACGACUGAUUAUUAAAUUAACGCAUUAAGAGCGCAACGAUAAUGUUAAGUAUUAUCAAACUAAAUUUUUUAUUUCAAUUUCUAGUCGUAUAAGAAAAAUAAUAAUGAAAAGUAUAAUCGCUAACAUUAAUAUCCACUUCAAUAUUUCAUAAGAUAAAAUUAUUAAGAGAUAAUCUCAAUCCGAUUUGGAUUUUUAAGAAUUAUGAUAUUUGCGCAUUUUCUUACAAAUAUUAUCUAUAAAAAUGAUUCGUUUUAAUUUCAUAUUUUUUUCCUUCGUAUCGCGCAAUCGUUCUUAAAAUUGUAAUUACAUAUUAAAUUUUUGUCUUAAGGUCGGGGACAAAAAAAAAACUAGUAUCUAAUCUCUUUUAAUGCUCGGAUAAUCUCAAAUUAAGACGUUUCGUUUACGAUGUUUCGAUACAACCGACUGAACUGAAUAAAAUAAUGCUCUCGUUGUUAUGAUAAGCAUGUAUAUAUUCUUGGCAAAUCUUUUUUUUUUUUUUUUUUUUUUGCCACUCGAUGCAUUUCACAUUGAAACAAUAUAUUCCGUUCUGUUUUAUCGCAUUCCACUAUCAUUGUACGACUUUCGAAAAUUUUUAUGCUUAUCGACGUUUAUAUUUUGCUACUUGAUUUCAUUUCCAUAUUAACUUUUAAGGCUUUCCACGGUGAAUAAUCUUGCGAUCGCGUUGCGUCGUCUUUUUUAAAAAAAAAAAAAUAACGAUUCGACGAAAACUAUUGUUUAAACAAUUUACAAGGUUAAAUUUUAAACGAUCGAACCAACAGGUGGAACAGGUAUGCAUGUGUGUAAGAAAUAAUAUAACAUGAGUGGCUGUGUGCAUAUGUGUAUGCGCGCGCGCGUGUGAUUAAAAAUGCGAACGUGAAUGUUGGACGGUGGGUGUUGCGUGUAAAGAAGAGAAAAGGGAAAAGUUUGGGCGCGGCAAUGGUAAACGUUCGAUGAAUAUAAGGGGAGAAGUGAAUCGCACGGGGUACGAGAAAAGUACGACUAGUGUUAGAUGCAUUUAUAUUAUAUUUAACAUAUGUAUAUUUAUAUAUACAUAUAUCAUACAUGGAUAAUUUUAAUAAUGAUAGGAUUAACGUGCGAGCAUAAAGAGUGUUUUGUUACGAUUGAAAUUAUUUAAGGAGCGUAAAAGGUAGCGUGGCGAUAACGGAUCGACAUUGCUUUUUACCGAUACCGAUGAAUGGAGUCGGAAUCGAGCCAAGUCGGGAGAUAUACCGUGUCCAGGGCCAUUAUAAACGAUGUGUAUUAUAAUUAAUGUAUCAGCAGCAAGCAAAAUACACGUAUGAUAUGAAAAAUAACGAGUGAAAUACUAUUUUAUGUAUUACGUGCGACGUAACGGCAACGAGAGGUCGAAAAAAACAUUGUUUAUUUUAAACGCUCCCCUCUAUAUAUACGCUGUUCGAUAAUUUGCUCGCUGGUUAUUAUUUCUUAUCCGAAAUAUACUGAUAACCAUCGAUAUCUCACCGUGUGCAUACGUACACAAUGUAUGCACGAUAAAUACCUUGACUCGCAUUAACUUCUUAAUCGUCGAUCGUCGAGUCUCGUCGCCGUUUCCCGUCGUUGUUUAUAAUAUAAAUAUACAUAUAGAUAUGUCGACGAUGCAAAUUAAAAGGUGAAAACCAUUUAAAAAACAAUGUGGCAACGUUACUCCUGAUGAUAAACAUUAUAAAAACGGUAGGCUGAAAAAAAACAUAUGAUGAUUUAGCAACGUUUUCGAUUAUACUAUACAGAUUCAGAAACGUUUGCACUCCCCUCCCCCUUUCCCCCUUGUGUCGUUUAGCAACAAGAAACAUCGAUGAUAUCGACCCUUAGAGAACUGUUCUUACUUCAUCAAGUGGAAUUGCAACUACAACGACAACGACGGAACGUAUCCUAGACUCAUCGAAGAGAGAAGGCUCGACGAGGCCACGUAGCGUAUUCUAUUAGCGUUUAAAAAGCGAUCGCGCGCGCGCGAAGGAAAAUUUAUACGAACUACAAUUAGCAGCGUUAAUACGAAAGUUUGAAGAAUCGAUGCCGAACACGCACUGUUUCUUAAAACGUAUCUUGAAAAUAUUUGUAUGUAAAUGAAUGACGAAAUAAUAAAAAGUAUACGCUCAA